AUGGAUCACAAGAGCUUGAAGUACAUAUUUGAUCAGAAAGAAUUGAAUUUAAGGCAGAGACAUUGGAUGAAGCUCAUUAAGGAUUAUGAUUGCACUAUCGCAUACCGUCUUAGGAAAGCCAAUGUUGUAGCUGGAGCGUUGGGUAGGAAAAGCUCAAGUAAAAGAAAGUUCAUUUUAAAUGUAGGAUUAGUUGGGAAUUUAAUAGCUCGAUUUAAAGUUAAACCCACAUUGGAAAAAGAGAUUGUUAAAUCACAACUUGAAGAUCCCCCAUUGAGGAAGUUGGCAAAAGAAGUGAGGUGUGAAAGACGAUCAGACUACAUAUUCAGAAGUGAUGGAGCAUCACUAAAGGAGAUGAGAUUAUGUGUUCCCCAAAAUAAGGCAUUCAAGGAAAGUAUCUUAAAAGAAGCCCAUAGUUCAGCUUACGUGAUGCAUGCUACAAGUACUAGAUGUGGAGAACUUUAA